AUGGAGAAGCGACUCCCAAUCUUGCUGCCAUCCCCCUCAACCGUCAUCAUCCACAGCGGCAAGAACAAUGACAAGUUCUCAAUCGUUCGCCAAAAACGUCGACAGGUAGCCUCUGCCUGUGCCAAUUGUCGCAAGCGCAAAGAAAAGUGUGAUGACAAGAGGCCGACAUGCGGCGCCUGUGCCCGCAGAGGAGUCACUUGUAACAAUGACAUCAAGGAGGACGAGCCGGCCGGUACUGUGGCCUUGAGACAUCGCAACAUUUCUCUCAGACAGGAGAACGACCAGUUGCGUGAGCUUUUCAAGCUGUUGCAUAAGCUGCCGACCGAGGAAGGACAGGAAGUCGUUUCGAGAUUAAAGAUUGCCGAUGACCCUAUCCAAGUGUUGCGGUCUGUCCAGGACGCCAGCCUGCUGAUUAAUAACCCCAAUUCAUCCUCUUAUUCGGCUCUGUUGGAUUCGAGACUGGAAAGAUUGGACCUCCUUGCGUUGCGGGAAAGCGCCAUUCGGGUUGAUGCAAAGCCGUGGACCGCAGUGGCCGGCGAUGGCAUAGUGUCGGAGCUCGUCUCAUCGUUUUUCAACUGGGACGAUGCCUUUUACUUGCCAUUUCUUGACCGGGAGGCGUUUCUGGAAGACAUGAGGGCCGGAAAUGUUGCGACGGCCAAGUAUUGCACACCGUUCCUUGUCAAUGCCAUAUGUGCAGACAGGUCUUAUACUUGUCGGCGAACUAGAGCGUUCAGCGGUAUCAGCAAGAAGAAUUUAGCUGACGAGUUCUUCAAUGAGGCCAAGAAGUUGCUGCAUCUUGAGAAUGGCCGAGUCUCUAUCCCGACGGUCCAGGGUCUUACGUUACUCUUCUCCAUAGCUUGUUAUCGAGGCACUGAUAAACUUGGUGGUUUAUAUCGUCGGUCGGCAUAUGACAUGUUUCACCAACUCAAUGUCGAUGCCAUGUAUGCGAGAAUCAAAGACGAUCCUCUAGCCGCCCGUGAGAGACGGGUCCUGUGCCGCCUGGCAUGGGGGCUUUUUCUGUUUGAGAGCAUCGUCGGAUACAUGUAUUUGCAACAGUCGUUGAUCCCACCGCCUCAAAUCCCGCGAUGCUUCGAUCCACCACCCUCUGCAAAAGAUGGACCAGUACCUAACAUCGACCUCCUUGGUAACCCGCACUCCAGCGAGAGUCGAUCGCCCCCAUUUGUCACCGGCGCAUUGUAUCUAGCUUGCGAUAUAACCGUUAUGCUCUACGAAUCAAUGGACUGGAAUUUUAGGUCGGAAAGCAUAUGGGGCACGGAGCAGGACCUCGAGAGACGUAGAGAUAUGAUUGACGAGGUACGCCAGUGGAGAGCAAGUUUGCCUCCAAACUUGCGAGAUGACACCAACUUUACCCCCCAGACAUGCUAUCUUCGGACAUACAUGAACGAGGUCCUCUUUAGUAUCCUUCGACCGCUUUCCCCCCAAACCGAGAUUGAGCCCGGCUGGACCGUCAAAGACUUACAGCUCAGCUUCUGCCAAAUCGACAUCGACAACAUGGAGCGCUUCAUCGAAGUCUACACCCUCCGCGACUACGCAUGCAUCAACAUUGCCGGGAGCUACAACGCCAUCCUCGUCCUGGUAUACCACCUGGCUGACCCCUCUGUGCACCACCUGUUUGCCAAAGCAGCCUAUCUCAUAGGAGAGACCGGGGGGGACUUCCCCAUGUGCCGGUAUAUUCUGCAGGCCAUCAAGGCAAUUGCCUGGCAGGCGAAGACGUCGCUGCCGCAAAUGGCAAAGAGGUACUUUGAGAAUCUGGACGGUGCGAGAAACUCGUUUAGGGAUAUCAGUUUUGCACUGCCCGAGGAAACCGGCAAGAGGAUGUUUGCCGGGGGGCCGCGGCCCAGGUUCAAGGGGGACGAUAUGGGCUCUUUGCUGUUUAAGUGGAGUGCCAUGUCUAUUGAGUAA